AUGCCUGCCCCGAUAUCACAUCGUAAUGACCUCUCCUCCGUCCUGAACCAGAUUGUCCUAUCCUCCUCGGACACCGACUACCUCGACCAACUCAUUCCUUCUAUUCGCGAAUAUAGCCAUGGAAACCGAACAACACAGCUCCUACACUCCCUCACGAAGUUUGCAGACGACCGGGAAGCAAAAAUCGAAAGCAUAUGCAACUCUACACACCAAGACUUUGUCUCUUCGGUCAACCAACUCCUUCAAGUCCGCGAAGGUACCGUCAACCUCACCCAGGAGAUCCUCGACCUCAACCAAUCCAUCCUCGCCAGUACAAAGCGCCUAGCCGAACAAAAGAAGGCCCUUGUUGAAUCGCGCAGCCAUCGCCAGAACAUCGACGAGACCUCCAAGGCCCUGCAGGAUUGUCUGGAGGUUCUCCGCCUCGCAAACCAAGUUCAUGAACUACUUGCUAAGAAGAACCAUUAUGCCGCGCUCAGAGCUCUAGAUGAGUUGCAGAAUGUCCACCUCAAGGGUGUCACGCAGUAUAAGAUCGCAGAAGUGAUACAGCGAUCCGUACCAAUGACGCAGAAGGCGAUUGCGGAUGCGGUCAUGGACGAUUUGAAUACGUGGUUAUACCGCAUUCGUGAAAUGUCGCAGUACCUAGGUGAACUAUCGCUAUUCCACACGGAUAAGCGAAAGGAGAGGCUAGCAGAGCGUAGUGAGAAGAUACCCUACCUGUCGCGGUUUAAACUCAAUUCAGCUAUCGAACUAGUGUCUGAUGAGAUGGAGGAGUUUGAUUUACUUUAUAAUGAUGACCUGCAAGUGGACUUCUCGCCCUUGCUGGAGUGUAUGCAUAUACACCAGUCUCUGGGCCAGAUGGACAAGUUCCAGGUUGAGUAUGCGACGACGAGAAGACAGCAAAAGGAUCUCCUGCUGCCUACUUCCAUCACUUUACUGUCAGAAGAUGGCUCGAGUCUGCAUACUCUGCUGGAAGAGAUUGCUGGUUUUGCCUUGGUUGAGCGAGCUACAAUGAAGAGAGUCCCCGAGUUGAGAUCUCCUGUAGAUGUAAGUGGCUCUCACUCGUUUAUUUAUCAAAGAGUAAAUUAA